AUGGAGGGCCAUGUCUAUGAGCACUUUGCCAAUGGCAAGCACGACAGCUACCAGAUCGACUACCGCCUCAUUGUGGGCGACACAGAGCCAGCCAGAUUGCAGCUGUCGCCUCGCGACCCUGAGCACCAGGGGCCAUUUGGCCACAACACAUCUCAUGGGCAUGAGACUGCAGCUCAGCGCUACAGCGCCACGCGCAUCCAGGCUGGCUACGAACCAGAGAGACGUCGUUUUUUGUUGUCUGAAGUACGCGACGCUAUCGUCUUUGAUUUUCUGAUCCUGCCUGGCAUCAUUGACUUUACCUCAGAUGAAGUGGAUCUGACCUCUGCUCUGACCCGGAAGAUAACCCUGAAGACGCCGCUUAUUUCCUCCCCCAUGGGUACUGUGACUGAAUCCUCCAUGGCCAUCGCUAUGGCUCUCAUGGGCGGUAUUGGGAUCAUCCAUCACAAUUGCACCCCAGAGUUCCAAGCAAAUGAAGUCCGGAAAGUUAAGAAAUUCGAGCAGGGCUUCAUCACGGAUCCGGUGGUGAUGAGUCCACAGCGCACGGUCAGAGAUGUGUUUGAGGCCAAGGUGCGACACGGCUUCUCUGGAAUCCCUGUCACCGAAACCGGCAAGAUGGGCAGCAAGCUUGUGGGAAUCGUGACGUCACGAGACAUUGACUUCCUCUCAGAGAAGGACUAUGACCGGCUGUUGGAGGAGGCAAUGACAAAGAGGGAAGAUUUAGUGGUUGCACCAGCAGGUGUUUCACUCAAAGAGGCCAAUGACAUCCUGCAGUGCAGCAAAAAAGGUAAACUGCCCAUUGUGAACGACAGUGAUGAGCUGGUGGCUAUAAUUGCUCGCACUGAUCUGAAGAAGAACAGAGACUACCCUCUGGCCUCUAAAGACUCCCGCAAACAGCUGCUGUGUGGCGCUGCCAUCGUUACCCGUGAGGAUGACAAGUACCGGCUGGACCUGCUCGUGCAGGCAGGAGUGGACGUGGUGGUGCUGGACUCAUCUCAGGGAAACUCAGUGUUUCAGAUCAGCAUGAUUAACUACAUUAAACAGAAGUAUCCUGAGCUCCAGGUGGUGGGGGGGAAUGGUGAGUCACAGUUCUCACAUUUGCUUGUUCUGUAAACUGAGAGGGUUGAGGUAGGUAAGAAUUGAUGGUGUUUGGUUCUUUUCAUUUGUUGCUGUGUUCACUUUCAUCCUUCUUCUCUCUCGCUCUGUCUCUGUGUAUGUCUGUGUAGUAGUGACAGCUGGUCAGACGAAGAAUUUGUUUGAUGAUGGUGUGGAUGCUCUUAGAGUGGGGAUGGGCUAUGUUUGAUAAGACAUCGUAUACCACAAAAUUGUUUAAAUUCAUCGUGAACUGUAGCCAGCGUGCAAAGUUGAGUUUGCAUCAGUCUGUUUAAAUCCGAACAGAUUGUGGUGGCUAUUUUGUGGCAGUCUGCCCGUAUGACAGAGAUGUGUUCUGCUUUAUUAAACAGAAACAGAAGGUCCGCUCCCCUCUCUUCCUCUGUCUCUCAUUUUCUCAGCAUUUCUGCCCAUGACGAGUUUAUAUUGUUCUUCACUCACCCAAUUUAUCUAGCGUCCCAUUCACUCACUCGGCAAUCUUUAUUUAGAUUUUUUUUUCACCAUAACUGUGACAAUUCUAUCCAUCUCUCCUUCAGUGCUUGUCUCCUUUCCCCACCUCCCGCUCUCUCAUUCUCUCCAUGUCUUCCCUCAGAGCUGCCGAGGCUGCCUCGAUCUGUGGCGGGACACACCGCACCUGCUCUCCCACUGUCCCGCUAGCCCUCUGAUUGCUUAGCCAGAACAGGCGCAGGUGCCACAGCUUCGGCGGGACGGUCUUCCUUCCGCGGGCCUCCGUGCCUGUGGGACUGCCGGCGCGCUCCUUGGAGACUCAUUGUUGCUAGGU